CGCGAGGCGACCGUUGGUGCACGGUUGACGCAGGCCCAAGCCAUGUCCUAUACAAUCCACCAGGCUGGCUGAGAUUUGCUUGCAACUUCGGGAUACCAGUCGAUGCGCUCCAGCGCUACAGCCACCGGGUUGCCUGCUCGGAGUGCGAACCAGGUGCAUUGCAACCUAAUGGCGGGACGGUGCGCGGACAGCGUUGAGGCCGCAGUUCUCCCUGUUAUUUACUUGGGCAGUUUUUUCUCUCUUUGUGCUUUUCUCUGCCUUCCUAGACAAAUCCUCAAAGCCAUUCCUUUUUAAAUUCCAAGCAGACUCAACACACAACCAACUCCAGCUACCUCGCGAAUUCAUUAACCAGACAGCUCUGGCAAACCUCCCACCACUGCCGGUUUAUUACGCAUCACCGACGCCCGUUGGCCUGAGAUGCUGUUGAAGCCAGACAGCAGGCCAAUCUCCCAAGCGCAGUUGGCUGCGGAAGUUAAGUCGAUAUAUACUGGGCUCACUAUGAUUGAGUCCAAGUGUAUCCACGCGGAUGGAGCGAUGCGUGAUGGCAAAUAUAGGAUCAGCAAUGACCACUGGAAGGUUCUCAAUGCCCUUCAUCGUACUUUGCUCCACGAAUACCACGACUUCUUCUUGGCAUCCCAACAUCCCACAGCCUCGUGGGCAUUACGCAGACUCGCUUCAAAGUAUUCCAUGCCAGCUCGUAUGUGGAAACAUGGCAUCCAUUCCUUUCUUGAACUCCUCAGGUACCAACUGCCUAAUUCGCUGGAGUUCAUGAUGAACUUCAUCUAUACAGCAUACCAGAUGAUGAGUCUUUUAUACGAGACAGUGCCGGCAUUCAAGAAUACAUGGAUUGAAUGCCUUGGUAACUUGGGCAGCUAUCGUAUGGCUAUUGAUAAUGGAAAUGUAAGAGACCAUGAAAAUUGGGCUAGUGUGUCGCGCUUCUGGUACACAAAGGCAGCAGACAGGUCUCCCGAGGUUGGUCGUCUGUACCAUCAUCUGGCGAUUCUCGCUCGACCAAACGCACUGCAGCAACUGUUCCUCUACUCGCGGUCACUGAUCUCUGUGCAAAUUUUCACCACCGCGAGGGAGACUAUCCUAACACUGUUCAACCCCAUACUUGGACGGUCAGAUGCAGCGUCGAGCCACAUGUCCCAAUUAGACACUAUUUUCAUUAAAGCUAGUGCCAUCCUCUUCACUAAGGAGCAUCUGGACGACUUUAAACGCUUUCAUGACGGCUUUACCGAGCUUCUUGAUCAGCAUAUCAGCCGCGUGACAGCUGAGUGGCGAGAGCAAGGAGUUUGGGUCAUCAUAUCCCUCCUUGGCGCCCUCUUCGACUAUGGAAAUGAUUCUCCGUUACGGCGCGUCUUUGAACUUGGAUUUCAUCUGCUUGCACAGCAACCUCGUGAUAAGUCGCAAGCGGAUCAGUCAGCUACUUUUGAUCCACAACAGGCUCAAUCUGAUGGAGAUACUGUCAUGGAAAACCUUAAUGUGCCGACGACUGUCGACUCGGAGUCUAAAAUUGCUUUCAAACAUGCACUCAAGUUCUAUACUACUGUCGUAACCUCGGUGCUGCGACGACUGGGUGAUGAGAACGUGCUCCCAUUUGUGCAUAUUCUCCUCGUAUUCUUGCUCUCUCUCAUCCAAGUGAAGUCUCUCGACUCUCGAAUCGAAUCAGCGUAUAUCGUCAAGACCAUACUUGCUAGAGUUCCUCUAGGAGAGCUCUGCUCAUUCCUCAAUACAUUAGCCCGCUCUAAUUCCGCAGAUGCCCGGUAUGAAACUGAGACAUUUGUUCGAUCGGAGAGGAAAGAUUCGAUACCGCUACCAGAAGAUCAUCUCAUCCGGGGACAGGUGUGGGCGCAACACUACUUCCCUGCAGAUUUGUUCAAGAGCGGCGAAUGGGACGACGAGGAAGGAAAAAUUGAGCAUGCAUCUACAGUGAUAAUGCGCGCCAACCGCGUACUGAAUCUAGGUUUUAGACUGGCACAGCUGCAUAAAUUCGGAAUCCAAUAUGAUGUCAGAACAAAGACAUUUAAUCUGAUCAAUCACCCAAACUGUGGUUAAGACAGCUGCAGUGCUUGGACACAAGAGCUCUGAUUCAGAUUGCCCUUGCCAGCCCAUCAUUCGCACUUCCGGGAAUGGAUCCCCUUUGAUCAUGGACUAUUUGCAGUGCUUCCUCUGUCAUAAUUGUGUCGCAAUAAUCCGAGAGCGCAAGGUAGAAGAAAAGAAAUCGUGAGCGGUUUUGGACAGAAAGACAGAAAUGGCGAUGGAGUAGA